AUGGACUGUAGCGACGAGAUGCAAAGUGUGCCCGAGGAGCCCACCUCUCAUAUGGAGCUCAAGAAGGGGAUGUCCAUAUUUAUUGAUAUUCUACGAAGAGCUGACAAAAAUGACGAUGGGAAGCUGUCGUUUGAUGAGUUCAAAGCCUAUUUCUCUGAUGGGGUCCUGACAUCAGACGAGUUGAAGGAGCUCUUCCACACCAUUGACACUCACAAUACAGACAAUGUGGACACUGAUGAACUGUGUGAGUAUUUCUCCCAACACCUUGGUGAAUAUGAGAACGUUCUGGCGGCUUUAGAAGACCUGAAUAUAUCAAUACUAAAGGCCAUGGACAAAACAAAGAAGGACUAUCAGGAGUCCACCCACCUGGAGCAGUUUGUGACCCGCUUUCUGCUCAAAGAGACGACCAAUCAGCUUCACUCGCUACAGAGUUCGCUGGAGUGCGCCAUGGAAACUACCGCCGAACAGACCCGACAGGAGAAACAGGGUCCGGUGAAGCCUGAGGCGCUGUCCAUCCAGUGGUCGGGACGUCGCUCCAAUCGCAGACUUCAGAGGAACAGCAGCCUGUCGCCCAACAACCCUCUCCUCAGUCUGGUCAAUUCAGGUGUUUUCGACGAGGAUAGUCAGUGGAUCAUCCAGGUCAACAGACUGCAGAAGCUCAUCGACCGCUUAGAGAAAAAGGACAUUCGUCUGGAGCCAGUGGAGGAGGAGGUUUUAGAAAGUCCAAGUAAAUCUCACAUCCUGAUGGUGCAGCGGCAGCUCGUGGUCCUGGAGGACGAGGUGGACGAGUUCCGUUUGGCUUUGAGACAGUACAUGGACAGUGCCUGCGCCCAGACCGGCUGCUUACACAUCGCAGUUCAGCGGCUCGCAAAUGAAUCACGCUUCAUUCUGUACGAGUUUUGGGAGCACAACAGCGUCUGGAAGAACCACCUGCAGACCAACUACAGUAAAACCUUCCAAAGGUCCAACGUGGACUUUCUGGAAACUCCUGAGAGCCUCACCACGAUGCUCGUCCCGGCAUCAUGGUGGGUCCUCAACAACAACUGA